AUGACAGCUCCAGGAUACUACCAGGACGCUACCAGGACGCUGCCUACCAUGGUGCUAAUUUCCAAAGAUUGGAUGAAAUUAUGGUAUAAAGCCGGCCAAAAUCUGAACUGCAAAUUUACUGCGCCACCUGAUGAUUUUUUUACACCAUUUCAGCAACUUAAAAGGCCAGCAAAUGGGCCACACUCUCGACCUCAAAUAUGGCAACCAAAAGGGUCAAAGAGUGGAAAAACCAACUUUACUCCUAUACAAUUGUUAAAAGGCUUCAUAAUGGAAAAACAAACCUCUGCCCUACUUAGCGACCAAACAGUCACAGACCAUGAAGAUACUACUGCAAUUCCUUUAUCAAAAAAUAAUAAAAAAAGAAAAAUUCAGACAGAGCAACGAAAGUUAACUGAUUGGUUUGAAUCAACUAAUAUACCUCCUCAAAAAGAAGCAUCUAUUACUCGUGCUCUUGUACGUGUAUUUACAUGUUGUGGUAUAUCAUUUUCAAUUAUUGAAACCCCAUUUUUUAUCAAAUUUCUUCAUGAAAUGAGACCAGGAUAUAUGCCACCUUCACGUGAAUUGUUUGGUAGUAGAUUAUUAAAUCAAGAAAUAGCAAGAGUUAAUGAAAAAGUUAAGAAAAUUAUUGAAGAUUCUAAAAAUCUAAUGCUUGAUGAGUCAAGAAUUAAGAUUUAUUUAUUUUUUUAUAUUUUAUAA